GUCUUUGUCUUUGUUCUGUCUAUUGUCGGAAGAUGUUUCGGAUUUCAAAGAUCCAACUCUCUUUCUCUCUCGCAACAUUCACCAAGAGAUUCUCCUCAUUUCAAGCUACUAAAUUGGUGAUCGAUAAAGCGGCAAUCGAUGGAGAGCUGAGAGUUUUCAUCGUCUCCGGCGAAGUCUCCGGCGAUAACAUCGGCUCUCGUCUUAUGGCUUCACUCAAAAAUCUCUCUCCUUUUCCCCUUCGUUUCCAUGGAGUUGGAGGAUCAUUGAUGUGCAAGCAAGGAAUGACUUCGUUGUUUCCUAUGGAGGAUUUGGCUGUGAUGGGUUUGUGGGAGCUCUUGCCGCAUUUGUAUAAAUUCCGUGUGAAGUUAAAGGAGACCAUUGAUGCUGCAGUUAAGUUUAAGCCACACGUUGUUGUGACUGUUGAUUCGAAAGGCUUCUCUUUUCGUCUACUUAAGGAGUUAAGAGCUAGAUACAAUCAGAAGCGCUUGGAAAACUCUCCCUUGCAUUUUCAUUAUGUUGCACCUUCGUUUUGGGCAUGGAGAGGAGGAGAAUCAAGACUUGGAGGUCUGUCUGAGUUCGUUGAUCAUCUCUUCUGCAUUCUCCCAAACGAGGAAAAGAUUUGUAGGGAACAUGGAGUGGAAGCAACCUUUGUUGGACAUCCCAUUCUUGAAGACGCUUCUGAGUUUAACCUUGCGAGGACGUGGAAGCUACAAGAAUCGAAUCUCGAAGGCUUGAGUUUUAGCAAAUACUCACUACCUUCUGACUCCAUGGUCAUUUCCGUUCUACCGGGGAGCAGAUUACAAGAAGUUGAAAGAAUGCUACCUAUAUUUUCCAAAGCAAUGAAGCUACUCAAAGAACCGUUUCCAAGGCUAGUAACACUCAUCCACGUCGCAUCAAAUAGUCAAGUGGAUCAUUACAUUGGAGAAUCUCUCCGUGAUUGGCCAGUUCCCGCAAUACUAGUCCCUAGUGGAUCCACUCAGCUUAAAUAUGAUGCCUUUAACGCGAGUCAAGCUGCGUUAUGCACUUCAGGAACAGUUGCUAUUGAGUUACAGCUUGCCCGUCUACCUUCCCUUGUCUCUUACCGAGCACAUUUUCUAACAGAGCUCGUAAUCCGUUACAAAGCCAAGAUUCCUUACAUUUCUCUCCCAAACAUUCUCCUAGAUUCACCAAUCAUUCCUGAAGCCUUGUUUCAAGCCUGCAACCCUUCGAAUCUCGCCUCCAUACUUGAGAGACUGCUCUUGGAUGAAAAGAUGAGAGAAAAACAAGUUGUUGCUGCUGAAAAGUUGACACUCCUCUUGCAUCCAUCAGAAAGGGGAAUGAGCAGUGAUUUGGAAUCUCAGCGAUAUACACCAAGUAUUCUAGCAGCUUCGACUAUUCUUAGUUAUGUCAAGCCAUGAAGCCUGUCGCGAAUAAUGUUCCUUGCUUGCAAGUUGCAACACUAAACAUUUUUGGUCAUACAUUGCAUUGCUGGUUACUUAAGUAGGCCAUUUAAGGACCUCCCUUGUUUAUACAUUAGCAGCUUAUGUUGUUAACUCUAUCUUAACUUAUAGAUACAGAUAUUUUCAAAAAAAAAAAACUUAUAGAUACAUGUGCUAUGUAUAUGUGUAGAUUCUCUAAUAAAUUAUUU